AUGUUACAACGCACUCGCUCCAGUACUAGGCUAACAACUAGCAACGAUGAUAAGCAACUACUAAGAUCGCCUACAAGAUCGGGUACAAAAAGAAGAAGCACAGAGGAUUUGGAGAAUUUGCCUUCUCCACCAUCUACACCUACCAGAAGACAAAAGACAAGCAAUGUGACAAAGGCAGAAACACCACAGAAUGUUAGAAAUAUCACAAAGGAACUUCAGAUGGCUCAAUUACAAUCACCCAACGGCAGAAAUGUAUACCUUAAAUCAAAAGGAUUGAGCAGCACUGACAACAACAGCAACAACAAGAGCAACAAAAGCAAGCAAGAGGAAACAUUGUAUCAAAAAGCCAAAGCUGUAUUUAGACGCACUGCCAUUCCAUCCAGACUUAUCGGUCGUGGGGACGAGAGAGAGCAGAUGCUUUCAUUCUGGAAGGAGCAUGUUUUGGCCAACAAGCCUGGCUGUCUCUACAUCUCUGGAAUGCCAGGCACUGGAAAGACUGCCAUGCUCACCGAAGUCAUCCGUCGCAUGGAAGACGACAUCAUGGCUCUUCGCUCUCAUCGCGUUUCCACUGUGGUCGUCAAUUGUAUGAGUGUCAAGGAACCCAAGCAAAUUUAUCAAAAGUUAAUUGAGGAACUGAGUCCUGCUGCAAGUAUCCAGCAAGACGUCGUUAAGCAAGCUGAAGAGUUGAUCAAUGCCAACAAGAGCAAGCUCAAUGUUGUUAUUUUGGAUGAAAUCGAUUCCUUGAUUACCAGAGACCAAGACGUUUUAUACAAGAUUUUCGAAUGGGCCUCUCUUCCAACAUCUCGAUUAGUCCUUAUUGGCAUUGCCAAUGCCCUGGAUUUAACAGAUCGUAUUUUGCCCCGUCUUCGAGCCAAGAACUGCGAACCUCAGCUGAUGAAUUUCAACCCGUAUCAAGUAUCAGAAAUCACCAGUAUCAUUAGAGAUCGUCUGUUUUCCCUGAUUGAGGAUCCCGAUGACCCAUUUGCACCUCCUCCCAAGGCUGUGGAUGGUACACCAGCGCCGUUGAUUCAAGCCAAUGCCAUCGAAUUAUGUGCUCGUAAGGUAGCUGCCUCCAUGGGCGAUUUGAGAACAGCGUUGGAUGUAUGUCGUCAAGCGAUUGAACUUGCAGAGAUGGAACAAAAGAAGAAGAGUGCAGCAGCAGCUACUACUACUACUACUGCUGCUGCUGCUGCUGCUGCUACUACUACUACUACUACUACUACUGUGUUGGGUGAGCAAAGAAAUGGUGCAACAUUAUCCGCAAUACAAGAACCCAAAGUUACUGUAGUUCAUGUGAUGAAGGUCUUGAAUGUAGUAUUUGGAAGCUCCACUACACAGAAAUUGAAGCAGCUGAAUUUGCAGCAAAAGAUUGUGUUGGGUGUGAUCCUGGUGAUGCUUCGUACAUGCAAAAAGGGAAACAAGAAGGACCAGCUCGUCAUGGGCAAGUUCCGUGAGCAAUACAGUGCAUUAUGCUCAGACACUGCUUCGGCCAUUUCAGCAGUAUCAAGAACAGAAUUGAAUGAUUUAAUGACGCUCUUGGAGACUUCAAGUAUUAUUACGCUUGGCAAGAGCAAGGAAGACCGCACUAGAAAGAUUCAACUGAAUGUGCAAGAGAACGAGAUUGCUCAGAUGAUUAAUGAUAUGCCCAUCUUGAAAUCCUGGAUGGACGAAAGCUUGCAGAAGCUGGGUCAUUAA